AUGUCUCUGCCGGGGAGCAGGCGUUCUUCCACCGGCUCGCGAAGCCGCGGGGUCUAUGGACGGAGUGGCUUUGCCUCCUUCUUUAAGUCUUCGGCGCCCUCCGCCACUCGGCCUGAGACGCAGCCUCUUCUCCCUGCCUCCAGGCGCCCCUCGCCCCCCGGGAGGGACACCUACGGCACCUCCUCGCUGAGCAGCAGCAGCAACUCGGGCUCCUGCAAGGGCAGCGACAGCAGCCCCACGCCGAGGCGGCCUGCCAAGUACAACCUGUGCAGCGACAACCACGGCAUCAAGCCCCCGACGCCGGAGCAGUACCUCACGCCCCUGCAGCAGAAGGAGGUCUGCAUUAGGCACCUGAAGGCCCGGCUGAAGGACACGCAGGAGCGGCUGCAGGACAGAGAUGCCGAGAUCGAGGACCUGAAAACGCAGCUGUCGCGGAUGCAGGAGGACUGGAUCGAGGAGGAGUGCCACCGCGUGGAGGCCCAGCUGGCGCUGAAGGAGGCCCGCAAGGAGAUCAAGCAGCUGAAGCAGGUCAUCGACACGGUGAAGAACAACCUGAUGGAGAAGGACAAGGGGCUCCAGAAGUACUUCGUGGACAUCAACAUCCAGAACAAGAAGCUGGAGACGCUGCUGCACAGCAUGGAGCUGGCGCAGAACGGGGCGCCGAAGGAGGAGGGGGCCGGCGAGUCGGCGGGGGGCUCGCCCGCCCGCUCCCUCACCCGCAGCUCCACCUACACCAAGCUGAGCGACCAGGCGGCCGGCGACCGCAACGGCGGCUCGCAGACCAUCUCGGCGGACGAGGGGGCCGACAGCGGCUUCGCCAACGCCGACGAGGCGCCGAGCCGCACGGACUGGCCGGAGCCCCGCGCCGAGGGGGCCGGGCCCCGCGAGCCCCCCGCCCGGCUCCCCGCCAGCGGCACCUACGAGAAGCUGCUGGGCGCGCGGGCCGGCGUGGAGGCCGGCGUGCAGGCCAGCUGCAUGCAGGAGCGCGCCAUCCAGACGGACUUGCUGCACUACCAGCCCGACCUGGACACCCUCCUGGAGAAGGUGAUGAAGUCCCAGGCUUGCAGCUUGGGGAGCCCCACUUCAGCCUGGGUGUCCGAAAUGGAAGACCUCCCGCCCGGCGCCGAGCCGCCAAACUUCCCCGGGGCCGCAGACCUGGCGGCCCUGGACGCCGGGGCCGAGGCGGGGGCCGGCAAGCAGGACGGCCCGGGACCGGCCUGCCGCAACCCGGCCGUGCACCAGCCCCGCGGCGGCAGCCAGCCCGUGGCCAUCGCGUGCGGCGCGGACGAGGAGGCGGCGGCGGAGACGAGCCGCGACGCGGCCCCGUCCAAGAGCUACUGGAGCCGCCACUUCCUGGUGGAUCUGCUGGCGGUGGUGGUGCCGGCGGUGCCCACGGUGGCCUGGCUGUGCCGCUCGCAGCGCCGGCAGGGCCAGCCCGUCUACAACAUCAGCUCGCUGCUGCGCGGCUGCUGCACCGUGGCCCUGCACUCCAUCCGCCGGAUCGGCUGCCGCUCCGUCGGCGCCCCGGGCGCCUCCCAGCCCUAGGCGCCCGCCGCCCCCGACCGGCCGCGCAAAGCCCCCCGAGCGCCGCGGGGCGCCCCACCGCCGGGAGGGCUGGGAGGAGGAGCGGGGCGCCUCGGAAAGCAACAACAAAAAAAGACCAUUUCUGGAAGAGGGGCGACCACGCAGGCAGCCGCGCGGUGCCGCGGGGACUCGCCUCCGCUCGUUGCACUCGCUUUUCUUUGCAUUUUUUUUCCCCCCUUCCUUGUGCGCCCCGGGCCCGUGCACCAGCCGAGGCAGGAGCGGGGCACCAAGCUCCUCUCUCCGGGCACAGGAACAGGGCUGGCUGCAGCUCGGCGGCUGAAGGAAAGCUGCCAGGAGAAAAGGGGACCGGAGGGUCCCUCCCCGCCGCUCCUGCACCCUCCUCGUCCCGCCCGGCCCCCUGCGAGCUGCUCGGGAGACGUUUCCCCGGGGCCGCGCAGCAAUCGGAUAUACCUCACGCAAGCCGGAGCCGCCGCGGCCCUGGGAUGGAGCCUCGUGGUCGAGACCCUUCAUUUUUUGCUGUGCACUAUAUUCACUUUUUUUUUUUCUUUUUUUUUUGGUAAAGACUGGAGCCCUGUUGCAUGGAGGCAGCAGGGGGGAGGCAUCGGCAGGCGGCCCCGCCUGCCCUGGGCAGAGCCGAGCCGCUCUUGCCUGCCAGGAAAAAAGACAAAAAUGCCUUUUUUUUUUUUCUUUUUUUUUAAACAAGCAAAGACAGCAAAGAUUGAUCAGCCGGGGAGCGCGCGAUCUGGGGCCCCCUGCGCCCUCCCUGGGCCCCGGCCCCGCACCUGAAUGUCUGCAGCUUCUUGGCGGCUCGAGCCAGGAGCGUUCCCGCUGCCCGCGCGGCGCUGGUGCCGCCGUCCCCGCGCCGUCGCGGCAGCCGCCUCCCGGCCGCGCGGAGCAGGAGCAGGAGGAGGAGGAGGAGGAGGAGGAGGUGACUGCCGUCGGAGAGGUUUGGGGAGAAACGGCAGCAGCGCGGCGCUGGGACGCCAGCCUCUCGUGCAAUGUGUUUGUGGGUGUGCGUACGCGUCUGCCAGACUAUCCAAAGCUUUGCCAGGAAAUAAAUGUAACGACUAUAUUUGAAAGACAAAUCUAUAUAAUAUAUUUUUUAAAUACAGAACUUAAAAAGCUGUACCCCCCCCCUUCUGUCGUUUCCGCUGUCCUGUAACCGCUGUCUGUGGUGGCUGUAAUAAACGU